GUAAAGAUCAGGAUCUUAUCAUGGCUCGAGGCUGUGCCAACCUUAUCCAGGAGCAGGAACAGGCACAGAUUUAUCCCCCUCCAAAUUGCUCCCGAGAAAGGAAGAUAUCGCACUCCAGACUCGUCCCAGUUCUUGUCCAUCGCCUCCCAGCAUGGGCAUCCGGCCUCAAAGUAACGCUGAACGUCUGAGGACGAUUUGGACUCCUGAAAUGGAUCGGUACUUCAUUGACCUUAUGCUAGAGCAGGUCAGCCAAGGGAACAAAAUUGAUGAUAACUUGUUCAGCAAACGAGCAUGGAAACAUAUGAUGCUGCUGUUCAAUGCAAAAUUCAAGUUUCAGUACGAGAAAGAUGUCCUUAAGAAUCGCCACAAAUCACUUAGGAAUCUGUACAAGGCAAUAAAAAAUCUUCUCGACCAGCGGGGUUUCAGUUGGGACGAAACCCGAAAGAUGGUGAUUGCUGAUAACAAAAUUUGGGACGACUAUAUCAAGGUACACCCAGAUGCACGCUCGUACAGAAUUAAAAGCAUUCCAUACUACAGAGAUCUCUGUCGAAUUUAUGGAAACUCAUCCCUUGAACAAAAAGAACCAGGCAACAACGCACCAGAGUCAUCAUCACAUUCAGCUAACAAUGGUACAUUAAUGCUCCCUGAUAGUAUUGGUGAAGAAGGGGCGGAUCCUCUCCCUGAUAUCACAAUUGAUGAGGACUUUAGAAUUUCUGUUCCUGAAGGAGUAGCAGAGAUUUCUACUUCACAGGACGAGCCAAAUGUCGUUGGCUCCGGUGUUGGUAGUCGUUCAAGGACUUGCUGGCAGCCAACUAUGGACCGUUAUUUUAUCGACCUCAUGUUAGAACAAGUGCAGAAAGGGAACCAGGUUGAUGGUCUCUUCUUGAAACAAGCGUGGAUGGAGAUGAUUGCAUCAUUUAAUGCAAAAUUUGGGUUUAGUUAUGAAGUGGAAAUCCUGAAAAAUCGAUACAAGACUCUCAGGCGCCAAUUCAACGUGAUAAAAAAUCUACUUGAUACGGAGGGUUUCUCCUGGGAUGAUUCCCGUCAAAUGGUGACUGCUGAUGAUUACAUUUGGCAAGACUACAUUAAGGCACACACUGAUGCGCGGCAAUUUAUGACUCGACCUGUACCAUACUACAACGAUCUGUGCACAAUAUGCCGCGAUCCAAGUAUCAAUGAGAGAGAAUUUCUCUUAGGUCAAAAUGUGGAGCAGCCAAAUGAAGUCGCACUAGUCAUAUAUCAACAGGCAUCGAAGACUUCACACUCCCCUUCUGCAUCGAUUUCUGGUAUGGACCAAGAUGACAAUUCACAAGACCUAGGUAGAAGGGGUUCGAAAUUGGCCAUUUCCAGAAAGCGCCAGUAUGAAGACCGAUCAAACAUAGGAACGCAUAUAAAGUGCCUCAAGGAGACUAGUGAGGGGACCGUGAGAAUUCAGCCGGAAAUGGUGACUGCAGCUGCUUGUUUGUCCAAUAAAAAGAAAGAUGAUGAGAACUCGAACUCAGUACCAAUUGAGCAGGUAAUUGAAGCAGUUCAGGCCUUACCGGACAUGGAUGAUGACCUAAUACUGGAUGCUUGUGAUUUCCUAGAGGAUGAAAUGAAAUCUAAGACAUUCAUGGCGCUGGAUGUUAAACUUAGGAAAAAAUGGCUACUGAGGAAGCUUCGGCCACAGUCACAUUAGUUUCUUCUAGUUUUAGGCAAAUUCUUCCAAGAUUCGUAUUUGUGCAUCCUUUAUUGCUCAUAUCAUGUUAACUUUGUCGGAUUGAUUUAGGCAAAUUCUUUAUAUCU